AUGUCAGCGCCGCGGCGCCGCGACCGUGACGAUCGGGGCGGGGGCGGGGCGCUCCCUAAUGACGUGUACCCCCGGCCUGUGGCCAUCGGCAGCUGCGGCCACACGUUCUGCGGGGAGUGCCUCCAGCCCUGCCUCCAGGUGCCGUCCCCCCUCUGCCCGCUGUGCCGCCUGCCCUUCGACCCCAAGAAGGUGGACAAGGCCGCCCACGUGGAGAAGCAGCUCUCGUCCUACAAGGCACCUUGCAGGGGCUGCAACAAGAAGGUGACACUGGCCAAGAUGCGGGUGCAUGUUUCCUCCUGCAUGAAGGUCCAGGAACAAAUGGCCAACUGUCCCAAGUUCGUCCCUGUGGUGCCCACAUCGCAGCCCAUCCCCAGCGCCGUCCCCAACAGGUCCACAUUCAGCUGCCCCUACUGUGGGGCCCGCAACCUGGACCAGCAGGAGCUGCUCAAGCACUGCGUGGACAACCACCGCGGCGACCCCAACCGCGUGGUGAGCGCCGGGCCCGGGGNCACCCCUCCCUCCGUCCCCCACGAUUACAGCAUCGAUGAGGAAGCUGCCUUCCAGGCUGCCCUGGCUCUGUCUCUCUCCGAGAACUGA